AUGGGGGGGCCUGCUGCUGCAGGAGCAGCAGCAGCUCUCCCCUUUCGCCAGCAGCAGCAGCAGCAGCAGCAGCAGCAAGUUGCUGCUGUCGUUGCAUCAGCAAGACAACCUUCGUAUACCCUGCGGCAGCAGCUGCAGCAGCAGCAGCAGCAGCACCAGCAGCAGCAGCAGCAGCGAUUGCUGCUGCAGGCAGCGCACGCAGCUGCUUCGGGUUCAUUCGAAGGAGGGCCUGAGGCGACCUGUGCAGCAGCAGCAGCAGCAGCAGAUACAGCAGCAGCAGCAGCAGAUACAGCAGCAGCAGCUGCUGCAGCAGCGGCAGCAGAUGCAGAUGCAGCAGCAGCAACAGCAACAGAUGCAGCAGCAAAAGCAACUGUAGAUGCAGCAGCAGCAGCAGCGAUCGGCAGCAACAGCUGCUGCUGCUGCUGCCCCGCCGCAACAGCAGCAGCAGGAACAGCAGCAGCAGCAGCAGCAGCAGCAACAACUAGAAGGAAAACCGCAACAACAGCAGCAAGCAGCAGAAGAAAAACAGCAGCAGCAGCACCAAGAAGAGAAUAA